AUGGCAACAAUGAAGGAGAUUCUCCGAUCCAGAAAUCUCUUGCUCGUUGUUCUCAUUCCACUCCUGCUACUUCCUCUGCCACUUUUAUACCCCAGCAGCGAAGCCUCAUGUGCCUACGUGCUGAUCGUGACAGCUGUAUACUGGGUCUCUGAAGCAGUACCUCUUGGUGCAGCAGCCUUAGUUCCUGCUUUCCUAUACCCAUUUUUUGGAGUCAUGAAGUCCAGUGAGGUGGCUGCUGAAUAUUUCAAGAACACAACCUUGCUCCUCAUGGGUGUGAUUUGUGUGGCAGCAUCUGUAGAAAAAUGGAAUCUCCACAAGCGAAUUGCCCUGCGCAUGGUCAUGAUGUCUGGAGCAAAGCCAGGCAUGUUGCUUCUUUGCUUUAUGUGUUGCACCACGGUGCUCUCCAUGUGGCUUUCCAACACAUCCACUACAGCCAUGGUAAUGCCAAUUGUGGAGGCAGUGCUCCAGGAGCUAGUGAAUGCUGAAGAGGAGCAUGAGGUCAUCAGUACUGCAGCCAGCACCAUUAUUGAAGAAAACGAGUCAAUAGGUCUCAGUGAAAAGCAUGGCCAACCCUCACUGGAGCUUAUCUUCAUCAAUGAGGAUGCUACUACUACUGACUUCAGCUCCUUGAUGCACUCUAAGAGUAUGAAUGGUGUACACAUGAUAGCCAACCCUCUUGGAACCAUAAAUCCUAAGAGCAGUGGACAGCAUAUGCCUCAGGCUCAGAUACUGGUCCUGCCUCCUAAACCCUCAGAACUGCGCCUGAGCACUAAGUACCGGUAUCAGACCAGACAUGACCACAUGGUUUGUAAAUGCCUCUCACUGAGUAUCUCCUACGCAGCAACCAUUGGAGGACUGACAACCAUCAUAGGGACCUCCACUAGCCUCAUAUUCUUAGAGCACUUCAACAACCACUAUCCAAAUGCUGAAGUGGUGAAUUUUGGAACCUGGUUUUUAUUCAGUUUUCCCAUCUCCCUCAUCAUGUUGGUCCUAACUUGGUUCUGGAUGCAUUGGCUGUUCUUGGGUUGCAAUUUUAAAGAGACCUGUUCCAUGAGCAAGAAGAAGAAGACCAAACGGGAAGAAAUGUCAGAGAGGAGAAUUCAAGAAGAAUAUAAGAAACUGGGAACUGUUAGCUAUCCUGAGAUGGUGACUGGAUUUUUCUUCAUUCUCAUGGCCUUGCUUUGGUUUACUCGCGAGCCUGGAUUUGUACCAGGAUGGUCAUCUUUUUUUGAGAAGAAAGGCUACCGAACUGAUGCCACGGUCUCUGUGUUUCUUGGUUUUCUCCUUUUCCUGAUUCCAGCAAAAAAGCCAUGUUUUGGAAAAAGGGAAAAAGGAGAUGGUCAAAAGUCAACAGACAUUAACACACUGGAACCCAUCAUUACCUGGAAGGACUUCCAGAAGACCAUGCCCUGGGAGAUUGUAGUGUUGGUUGGAGGAGGUUAUGCCUUAGCAGCUGGAUGCAAGACCUCUGGCCUCUCUACGUGGAUCGGACGCCAAAUGCUCUCCCUGAGCAGUCUUCCCUACUGGGCUGUAACCCUGCUGGCCUGUAUUUUGGUGUCCCUGGUAACAGAGUUUGUUAGUAAUCCAGCAACCAUAACCAUUUUUCUGCCUAUUUUAUGCAGCAUGUCAGAAACUCUGCUUAUCAACCCUUUAUACACCCUGAUUCCUGUCACCAUGUGUAUCUCAUUUGCGGUGAUGCUGCCAGUGGGUAAUCCUCCAAAUGCCAUUGUCUUCAGUUAUGGUCACUGCCAGAUUAAAGAUAUGGUGAAAGCUGGCCUGGGUGUAAACCUGAUUGGCUUAGCUGUUGUCACAGUGGCAAUCAACACCUGGGGAAUUAGACUCUUCCAGCUGAACACUUUUCCAGAAUGGGCAGCAGUCAGCAACAUCACUAGCCAAACAUAA